CUCUGUGAGUAAAAAUAAUCUUGUGUUUCCAGUUCACCAUGGCUUCUGCCUCAAGCACUGGCUCUCCUGAAUGGCUCCCUCUUCUGUUUCCUGUUGUUGCAGUGGACUUACUUCUGGGAGUGGUACCGGUUUAAAGUUGAAAUCCAAGAAGCUGCUUGAGAUUCUGAAUGCUCUGGAGGAGGAAUGUGGCUACAGCAAAGAGGAGAUCUUCAUUGCCCCACCUGAUAAUGCUUCAGGGGACUUCACUGACGAGGAUUCAGGUGAUGAAGAUGGCUGGCAAGAUGCCCACCUGCCUGGCAGUAUGCUGCAUGCCUCGGUUGUGCCUGAGGAUCCCAGCCCUGGGAAAGAUGAGGUUGACCUGCAGCUACAGCCAGCCACAAAGAGACUGAAGGCAAUAGUUGAACCUCAGCGUGUCUGGACCAAAAGAGAUAUCCAGCCAGACUUCAGCAGUUGGACAGCAUCAGAUCCUCACAUGGAGGAUCUCAAAAGUCAGGAGCUGAGUCCUGUAGGCCUCUUUGAAUUGUUUUUUGAUGAAGGAACAAUUAAUUUCAUCGUUAAUGAAACCAAUAGAUAUGCUUGGCAGAAAAAUGUCAACCUGGGUCUCACCAUCCAGGAACUGAAGUGUGUCUUGGGUAUUUUGAUUUUAAGUGGGUAUAUCUCUUAUCCAAGAAGAAGGAUGUUUUGGGAAACAUCUCCUGAUUCACAUCAUCAUCUUGUGGCUGAUGCAAUUAGAAGGGACAGAUUUGAACUGAUCUUCUCAUACCUGCAUUUCGCAGAUAACAAUGAGCUGGAUGAAAGUGAUAGGUUUGCCAAGGUCAGGCCUCUCAUUGUCCGAAUGAACUGCAAUUUCCAGAAGCACGCUCCCUUAGAAGAGUUCUACAGCUUUGGUGAGUCCAUGUGUGAAUACUUUGGCCAUCGGGGUUCCAAGCAACUGCGUAUGGGGAAGCCCAUGUGCCUCGGCUACAAGAUCUGGUGUGGGACCACCAGCACUGGCUAUUUAGUGUGGUUUGAGCCUUCACAAGGCACAUUGUUCACCAAACCAGACAAGGGCUUGGAUCUAGGAGGCAGUAUGGUGGUGAAGUUUGUUGAUGCGCUUCAGGAGCGUGGCUGUCUGCCAUACCACAUAUUUUUUGACAAGGUUUUUACAAGUUUCAAACUGAUGUCCAUUUUGAGGAAAAAGGGGAUAAAGGCCACAGGAACUGUUCGUGAGUAUAGGACUGAGCAUUGCCCCCUUAAAGAUCCCAAAGAACUGAAGAAAAUGAAGAAGGGAACAUUUGAUUACAAAGUUGAUGAGUGUGAUGAGAUUAUUGUGUGUCGCUGGCAUGAUAGCAGUGUGGUCAACAUCUGCUCUAAUGCUGUGGGCAUAGAGCCUGUGGGGCUGACCAGCCAUCACUCAGGAGCAGCCAAAACACGGACCCAGGUCCAUCAGCCAUCUCUGGUGAGGUUGUACCAGGAGAAGGUAGGAGGUGUUGGUCGGAUGGACCAGAAUAUCGCCAAGUACAAGGUGAAGAUCCGGGGCAUGAAGUGGUACUCAAGCUUCAUUGGCUAUGUCAUUGAUGCCGCCCUCAACAAUGCAUGGCAGCUGCAUCGGAUCUGUUCCCAUGAUGCCCAGGUGGACCUGCUGGCCUUCCGGAGAUAUGUCGCCUGUGUGUACCUGGAGAGCAAUGCGGACACAUCAUCCCAAGGGAGGCGAAGCAGGCGCCUGGAAACUGAGAGCCGUUUUGAUAUGAUUGGACACUGGAUCAUCCACCAGGAAAAGAGGACCCGGUGUGCCCUCUGCCACUCACAGACCAAUACCCGCUGUGAGAAGUGCCAGAAGGGAGUCCAUGCCAAAUGCUUUAGAGAGUAUCACAUCAGGUGAUGCCUGAAUGUGCCUGUGGAUGUUUGUUUUAUGAAUUGUAAUACUUGUGUUAUUUUGUGUAGGGAAAAACACACCUGGGUACCUGAUGAUUUGGUUUUAUAUUUUCUCCCCACCUUCAUUACCAUUAUAUUUUCAUUGUCCUUAAUUAUACUUCC